UAUGAACAUGGAGGGCCCGAGCCGAAGCACCGGAUUCAGGCAGAGCCGGCGAUCCCGUUCCCAGCGCGACAGGGAGCGGCGGAGGAGGCGAGUGGACCUGGCCGAGGAGCGGGCCACAUCCCUGUCCUCGGGCUCUGAUCGGGAGGCUUGUGGGACCAACAGCGUGCUGGGUCCCGGUGGGAGAGAAUGCCGGCCCGGUUUUGGCAGACACAGGCCUCCACGUCGGAGGAAGAGGGAGUCUGUGUCCUGCGAAGAAGACAUCAUUGAUGGCUUCGCUAUUGCGAGCUUCAUCAGUUUGGAGGCUCUGGAGAUGGACUGUUCUUUGAAACCCAGUCAGCGAACUGAUCUACUGGGAAGGAGGACCAAGGGGAAGAGAGGACCGCAGGAGAACGGCGGAGGGCCGCUGUCAGAGCCGGAGGAAGGAGCCUUGCCCAGCAGCUGUUGGAAUAAUAGUAGAAAUAAGAGAAGAAAGAUAGAGGGGCAACCUUUGGAGACUGGCUAUAUUUGUGACACAGAGAGUGAUACGGGAGACAAGGCCUCUGACAAUGACAUGGAGCCAGUGUUCACAGUCAGCACCAGGAAAGUUGUCGAUCCCGCCCCUUCAAACAUCGGAUCAUCUGUGAGCAAAAGCUGCCCGUCUCUGCCGAUGCGCUGUGGCGGCGUCUCACGGCUAAUGGUGACACCACGGGUGUCUGGCCUGGAGCGAAGUCAGGAGAAAAGCCUGGAGCCACACUUCCCAGAGCCUGUUUCUUCUUCUACCUCUUCUUCCUCCUUCUCCUGCCUGCCUUCCCGCUCCCCGGUCACAACUGCAGGCGCAGUGACCCGGUCCAGCCCGGUCAACGGCAGCGGCAGCCGCCACAACGGCAGCCCCCCGCUCUCUAAACCCAAGCCCUUUCACUCUUUCUCUGGACGACCUCACUCCAUCUACAACAGCACCCCAGUCAAACCUCCAUCAUCUGCUUCAUCCAUUGCGUCUUCCACAUCUUCCAUGCGCCCCCCAACUCCUUCCACCAGUGUUUCUCUGCCCUUCAUAAGGAGCUCAGGAUCCUCAGGGCCUCUCCGCCCCCCGUCCCGAACCAACUCUGGAGCCAUGUUCACAUCCUCACCUGGCCUGCCUCUGCCGCCACCUCCACCUCUGCUACAAGGUACCGCUCACUCGGUCACAGCAGCAGAGCGCGAGGGCAGACGCAGCGUCCCCGGGGCGGAAAAUAAUGCAACGGGUCGCUCCACUCCUGGAGGCCCAUCGGCGCCGAACUCUGCGCCGGGCUCAUCAGGCCGGACGCCUCAGAACCAGACAAGCAUCCCCGCGAUGGCAUUCCAGUUCCAUCAGCACAACCACCAGCACCAACACACGCACACGCACCAACACUUCACGCCCUACCUGCCCUCAGCUACGGCGCCACCGUUGUUCGAUAAGUAUCCAGGCAAAAUGGACGGGCUGUACAGACACUCUUUUUUCCCACAGUACACGCCACCCUCAGUGCAGGGUAUUCAGCCUGUGAUUCCUCCUCCUCCUGGGCAUUUCAGCUCUCUGCAAGGAGCAUUUCAGCCAAAGCCUCUUGUCCCUCAGGGAACGGGUCCUGACAUACCACGACUUGGGGUUGUGCCUGCCCACCUGCAGCCCAAAGACCCCAGGCUUACUGAUCCAUUUGGGACAUCAACAUUGAAAAUCACAAAUAAACCAGGAAAAUGGUGUGCUAUGCAUGUUCAGGUGGCCUAUAUGAUUCACAACCAUCAGAGAAAAGUAAAGCUCAUGCAGGCUGAUCCUCACAAGUUGGACUUCCGCAGUGAUCUGCUGGCCCGUUUUCCUGGAGCCGGUGGACUGGGCCAACUGGGGCCCUUGCCUCCCACUCAUGACCUGACCAGACCUCCCAGUCUGUUCUCAGCUACAGGUGCAGUCAAUCCAUCUUCAGCUCCUUUCAUCUCUCCAUCAACGCCACACUCCUCUUUCCUUGCACCGACUCCACACUUGGAUCCAUAUGGCCGAUCCCCACCCUUCACCCCUCUGGGAGCUCUGGGUUCUGGUGCCUUUGGAGGACUUGGCAGUCCAACACUGGCCGGCUCCAUCUUUGGCCCAAAAGACUCACCAGCCAGUGUAGUCGGAGGCUUGCCCGCCCCAAACCAUCACGAUCCAUGGAACCGCCUCCACGGUGGCCCGUCUGGAUUCACAGCCGGGCCCAGCUGGGCUAAAGGGGCAGAUAAGAGGGAUGAGAGGGAACGAGUGAAGGACGGAGAGAGAAGAGACAUCCCCCACAUCAAGGAUGAAAAGGACAGAGACAACAUGCUGUAUGGCCGACCUAAUAGAAUAUCUCCAGUUGGUCCGUCCUAUAAGCCCCGAAGCAGCACCCCAGUCUCCCACAUCAACGGCCACAGCAGCGCCCUGGGGGGGAGCAGUGGACCUAUUGAGGACAUGACACGCGGCUUAAAUAGAGACCGCGAUAGAGACAGAGAUGUGGACAAGAGGCUGGUCCCAACAGUGUCUUCAAGGGGGCCUCCUCUUGGCUCUUCAUCUUUAGUAGCAGAUCGGGACAGGCCGCGGUCCUCCUCAUCUUCUGUGCUCACUACUCCCCCACCUUCUAAUCGCUCAGCCCCAUCUCCAUUGGACCUGUAUCCCCGCUCAGUGGUUCCCACAGCACACAACUCCCACAAUGAGCCCUCGCACUCCCAAAGAGACGGUAACCUCCCCUCUUCCUCUACAACUUCCUCCUCUGUUAAUUCAUUGCCUCAGGCCAAAAAGUCUGACCGGACCUCAACACCCAUCUCCAAAGCAUCCCUGCUCAUCUCGCAAGUUAAAGUGAAAGAGGAGCGGAAAGAAGAGCCCGAACACAUCCCCAUCACCCUUCCACCCCCAGCGCCCGGCCACAACUUUGAGCGCCCCAACAGCCAUCCUCAUCACCCCAGUUCUGGCACUCCUUCUUCCUCUUUAUCUCUGACCCCUACUCCAGGUGUUCCUCUCCCACCGCAUACUCCAAACCCGCCUUCACACUCGAUAUCCCUGCUGGAACACAGAGCCAUUGAGGCAUACUUGGGGAGCACAGUGGGUCCUGGAUUGGUAAUUGGUCCUGGUGGAGAACGUUUCUCCCAUGGUCCACCUCAAGGGCCACCACAGGGUCCACAUAGCUUCACCUGGGAUCACUGGAGGGAGCAGCAACAUCAGCAUCGUAGGGAGGCGUUAGCACUUCGUCCAGACCCUCACCUAGCCCUGCGAUCUGAGCCACAACAGCUGGCUCACCUGUUCCGGCAUCAGCGCCUUAUGGAGGCAGAAAGGGUCGCUGUAGCAGCAGCAGUGGUGGCAGCCCCUCCCCACCCACAGACUUCUACCUCUACUGCCUCCUCCUCUGCUGUUCGCCCAGAGUUCAGCCUCAUGGCGCAUCCUUUCGACCGCCCUCAUCAGCUUGGACCCCGAGGAGGCGGGCUGAUGGAUGAGGAGCAGCGGGCCCAGAUCCUGAGGGAAGACUUUGAGCGGGCUCGCAUCUUUGGGAUGCACCCACACCUCGCUCCUGGCUCUCACCUCUCCAGUCCCUCUCAUGCUGCUACUGCCGCUCACCUGGAUCAGCUACCGCCUGGUUUUCUCACCCACCCAGCCUCUGCUGCUUCCCAGCACCACCCAGGCUUCUACUCCCGCCUUGGCCCAAUCAUCCCACACCACAUGGCCAACGGUAUCCUGGCAAAGACCGCAGCGGGCUUGGUGGGACCUCUUCCGGUGGGGGCGCCGCCUCCACUCAUUCCGUCCGUCACCAACCGGUCGGCCACGCCCCCCCGCAGCUCUAGACUCGCAGGGCCAGGUGAGCUGGGACUGUACAGCGCCCACAAAGAUGGUGAAUCCAGAUAGUACAGGGACAACACUGGAGGAGAUUAAGGGAAAUGUCAGGAUCACUGUGCUGCUCUCAACCUGCCCCCUUUUCCUCUUGCAGACUACUAAACCCUGACCUUCCAGUUACACAACCAAACCACCCCCGCACCCCUCCAGAAAGCAGGAAGGAGGUGAUGGUAGGAAGGGGGAAAAUGCAAGACAUGGAAUAAGCCCAAUGGUAAUAUCAGUGCAAUUUAAAGGUACAUGGUUUCUGUGCAUCCUUGGUGUAUUUUUAUUUUAUACUGAAGUUGUAAGAAGAGGCAGAGGACAGCUUUUUUCAUUUUGUCAGGUGAAUUCUUUUCCACGCUUUUUAAGCAAGCCUUUUCCAGGAGGAUUUGGAAACGACUUCCAGAGGGGCGAAUGCCUUGGAGACCAUGUCCAGGGUUUGAUCGUCCUCAGCUUGGGUCAUUUAUGGGAUACUUUAAAGCUCUCCUCUGCACCAAUCAGCCCAGCUUUAGGUGUUGUAGGUGAGGGUUUGUUUUGGAAAUACAGUGGUAAAGUGGUGCUCUGUUCUGUUUGUGUGUCUUUUAUUGUCAUUGUGCAAAGACGGAUUACAGAUGAGACCAUUUAAUUAAGAUCAGUCAGCAUUGUACCUCAGUUUUCUGCUUUACCCCCCAAAAAAUCUAAUUCCAAACCCCUCAGCUUCAUUGAUGAGAUUUUUUUUUUUUUUACUUUUUUGCUUAUUUUUAUUUUCAAAGGAUAAAUGGAGAAAUGAACUGUGCUACACUGUGCGAGUGAACAGUGUCUUAGAGCUUCCUGUAAGUGUUUCCCAGUCUCCUCUUGACUAUACGAGCAGGACCAGAUUAUAGUAGUCUAGAGAAAUUGCCUUUGUAAUUAUUAUUCUUAACAUUAAUUAUCUUCUAUAAUAAUAAAUAUAUUCACUGUUAUGUUAUUUGUCAUUGUUUCGGGUAUCAACCAGUACUCUGUCCCAAGGUAGAAAUGUUUCAAAUGAUGCAAAAAGACGAAGCAGAAAGGCUUCACAGAAAACUCUUCAGUGCUCGUGAACAUGAAAGCCGCAUCCAUCGCAGCCUCGGGCCUCUUCAAGGAUCUCAUCUGUGACUAUAGUGCUGAGAUGGAGGUUUGCCUGUGUGUGUCACUGGUUGUGUGUUAUAUCCAUUUGGGACUAAGGGAGCCUUGUACAUUGAACUGUCGAGUUGUUUCUUCAACAAAAAUAAGUUAUAUACGUGCAUAAGUGGGACAUCUGCUGAAGAACUGAAUAAAAAAGUUUAAGGACUUGUGUUCAAAGACAACUAGACAGUGGGUAUCCUGAGAGGGAAAAGACUGGGUCGAUUAUUUUAAUAUGACCAUUUUAUACCUUUCAAACCCCUCCCCUAGAGACCACAAAGAAUAAUUAUUAAAUGAAUUGUUGUUUA